CUUCACAAUAGUGGAGCGGAGCGGCGCGGCGGAGGAUCCCCACCCGUGAGCAUGGCGGUGUGCUAGACUAUUAAUGAAGACCGGAGAGAGCAGGCGGAGAUGGAAAACAUUAUUAUGUGUACCGAUCGUUUCAAAUAACCUGCUUUUCACGGACUGUGUUUUAAUUCACAAAUGCCAGAGGCAGUCUGCUGGAUUUCUCCAUGCAGUCUUCGUCUACUUCUAUAGGAUGGUGAGCUGAGCAGAUAAAAAGCACAAGUUAUUGGUGAUUGCAUCUAUUCAAGCGUUCCCCGUUGUGAAUUAUAGGCGCGUGUGGGCCGCCGGUGCUCCGUGAUCAUGAAGCGCUGCUGCGGGAAGCGUGUCUUUGUGCGAGGCGUGUUUAUGUCCGCGGACAGGCUCGUUUAAACGCCCUAAACAUGAAUGCCAUUGUCAUGUCGAGUGCUGCGUGAGUUUAUUUGGAUUUUUUGAACUGUUCAGACCGGAGAGAUGCGUGAGUAUAAAGUGGUGGUCCUCGGGAGUGGCGGGGUCGGAAAAUCCGCCCUCACCGUACAGUUCGUCACUGGGACGUUUAUUGAGAAGUACGACCCGACCAUCGAGGAUUUCUACCGUAAGGAAAUCGAGGUGGACUCGUCGCCGUCGGUGCUGGAGAUCCUGGACACGGCGGGCACGGAGCAGUUCGCGUCCAUGCGGGACCUGUACAUCAAAAACGGGCAGGGCUUCAUUCUGGUCUACAGUCUGGUGAACCAGCAGAGCUUUCAGGACAUCAAGCCCAUGAGAGACCAGAUCAUCCGAGUCAAGAGGUAUGAGAAGGUUCCGGUGAUCCUGGUGGGGAAUAAAGUGGAUCUGGAGAGUGAGCGGGAGGUGUCUGUGAGGGAGGGACAAGCAUUGGCCGAAGAGUGGGGCUGUCCAUUCAUCGAGACGUCUGCCAAGAGCAAGACCAUGGUGGACGAACUCUUUGCCGAGAUCGUUCGGCAGAUGGACUACGCGGCACAGCCGGAUAAAGAUGAUCCUUGUUGCUCCUCCUGCAAUAUACAAUAACCCCCCAACACACUCACACACACAACUCACAUUACAGUAGCUUUGAUAGACCUUCUAGUGUCAACAGUUUUCCAUUCUGUAUCUGCAGACUGACAGUAACUCUGAAGUUUUUUUUUUUCUUGUCACUUUAAAUUCUGACUGACUCAACCACAGGAAGAGCACUUGCCUUAGGUUUCAUGUUUCCUGUUUGAGCAGAAUCCUUCAGUGGGGAUGAGUUGGACUUUUAUGUUCUUGGUCUUAUGGUAUUGAUGAUUUUAUUUGAAUUUGUCACCAGGUCAAAGAGAGAGGGAGAAAAUGUGAGGGUUCUUAGCCAUAUGUUUGAAAUAGCCAUAUAAUAAUUUAAAGAAGACUUUCUAAUUGUCCGUUUAUUUGGGAAUAGAUCCCUCAAAAUCAUUGUUUUAUCGGUUUCUAUUCUGAAACAGAAAGAGGUCAGGUGACUUGAGCUUUGUUCCAAAACCUAGUUAGCUGCCUACCUAAACAGAAUGUUAAAGCCCAAAGUGCAUUUUCAGAAUGCAUCACAAUGAGCCCUAUGGAAAAUUUCAUCCUAGAUGGAGUAAACAUGGCUAAAGAAGCAAAAAGAGGAGAAGAUGAACAAAAACAAUUGAGUAACCAAGUCUUCGGACUUCUGAGCGUGUAUCAUGAAUCUUUUGAUUAAGAUCGUAACUUUAGAGCGGGUUCUUGAAUCUUUCCGCGAAUUGAAUGAUUCAUGAUCCGCACUCCGAGUCCUGGUCUCAAAUUAUGGUUUGUGAAUCAUUAUUCAGAUAAGCACUUCGGAUUGAAUAUCAUGAAUCAUUUGAUUUAGAUAAGAACUUCAGAGUGGGUUCUUGAAUCAUUCCCCAAAUUGAAUGAUUCACGAUCUGCACUCUGAGUCCUGGUCUCAAAUGAUGGUUCACAAAUCAUUUGAUUCAGAUUGCGACUUUGGAGCAUGUAUCACAAAUCAUUUGAUUUAGAUCGGAAAUUUAGAGCGGGUUCUUGAAUCAUUCCGCAAAUUGAAUGAUUCAUGAUCCGCGCUCUGAGUCCUGGUCUCAAAUGAUGGUUCGUGAAUCAUUAUUCAGAUCAGCGCUUCGGAUUGAAUAUCAUGAAUCAUUUGAUUCAGAUUGCGACUUUGGAGCAUGUAUCACAAAUCAUUUGAUUUAGAUCGGAAAUUUAGAGCGGGUUCUUGAAUCAUUCCUGAAAUUGAAUGAUUCAUGAUCUGCGCUCCGAGUCCUGGCCUCAAAUGAUGGUUCACAAAUCAUUUGAUUCAGAUUGGAACUUUCAGAGCGUGUAUCACAAAUCAUUUGAUUCAGAUUGGAACUUCGGAGCAUGUAUCACGAAUCAUUUGAUUUAGAUCAGAACUUCAGAGCGGUUCUUGAAUCAUUCCCCAAACUGAAUGAUUCACGAUCCGCGCUCCGAGUCCUGGCCUCAAAUGAUGAUUCGCGAAUCAUUAUUCAAAUCAAGACUUCGGAGCAGUUUCACAAAUGUUUUUUCUUAUAUUUUAUUUUUAUUUUUUUCUUAAACAGUGGAAAACCUAAAACCAUAAGUGAGAUCUCUGAUUGAAGUCCUUGAAAAUCAAAAAAGUACUGCUUGAAAAGUCCUUGAAAUUUCUGGAUUUUAAUUUUACAGUAUCUGUAUGAACCCUGUAAUCAUAAAAUCAUAAAACACUGCAGUAUACCAUAAUUUCGAUUUCAUGAUGACUUUAAAGGGGCUCCCUGCAGUUUUUCACCAAAGGUUUGAUCAUGCUAUUUUUUUUAUAUUUUACAGUAUUAUUUACUGUAGUAAUCAUUUUCAUUUUUUAAUAUUUAAUUAUAAUUAUCAGAAUAACAAUAAUUCUUACAAUAGUCAUAUUGAUAUAUUCACAGUUUUUUUACAUCUACAGUAUGAAAUGCAUAUUUCAAUCACAAUUUUUGUCAGAAGAAAAAAAAUGUUUUCCCCCAAAGUGUCAAAAUCAGUCUGCAUAGAAUGUUCCAAAUACACCGCAAGGCGGCUCAGUAGGUUUUGGAACAAGCUCUGGUCUUUAUGCUGCUUCCAUUCAAAGUCAGUAGAUGACUUCAGGAAACAAAAUGGCAACUGUACCAUCAGCUUUGCAGUGGAACAAUUGUGAACAAAGAACUCUUUUAGCAACCAAAUUGGGGAAGCUGUGCUUUACAACACUAAUAGCUCUUCUACUGGUGUAUCAACCGAGAGAAUCAUUUAUCUUGUUUUAUAUGUUUACUAAACAUGUUGUAUCAUGCAAUGUUGGACCUUUUGACUCCUUGAUGUAUUUUAUUUACGUAAAUGUUGAAUGUUUGACUGUGUAAAUCUCUCUGACUGCCACCACGUCUGCAUCAUGAACCCUCGAUCGAGUGUCCAAGUUUCAAGAGCCUCUCAAUUGCACUUUUUCCAAGAGGAAUGUUAACUUUCCCAGUGAAUGGAAUGCAGCAUAAGUCUCUGAUUGGACGUAUCUCCCUCCACAUCUGGACACAGAAGUUAUGCUAGUAUCUCAUAUGGCUCUGUAGGACUUCUUUUUCUGUCUCUCUCUGUUUUAUCACCCUCUUUCUCACAUCUCUACAACAUCUCAGCCCCUUUUUACACUCGUCUUCAAUAUUCUGCCAUGCUUGUGUGGGUCAAUGAUGCUGACAAUGAUGGCUAUUGGUUGACUGUAUAUCUGUUUGUACAGAGGUUGCCAGUUUUUCUUGGUAUCCUCCUCCUGGCUGGGCUUCGGUUCUCGAGGCUCAAGGCUGAGCGUAUAGAGAUUACGGAGGUGGUGGGUGUGUAUCUGUGUGAGUGUGUGUGUUUGAAUAGAGAGCUCUGAGUCAGUAUUGAUUUUAUAUUUUUUUAUGUGGACCUGUGCUCAACUCUUCUGAAUGACUGAUUGGUGACACUUUUUUGUUUUGUUUGGCACCUAAAUAAAGUGCAUCUGACACUCACA